CUACAUACUACCUAGGUACAUAUACAUAAUUCCUCCCUCUUGACCACAAAUAAUAAUUCCCUACAAGGUGUAGGUCUAGGAUAUUAGUAACAAAACUGGCCUGAGAGACGGAGAAGCACCAAACCAUGUCUUCUCAACAACACGAGCCAAAAAUCACCUCCAAGAAUCUUGCCUACUCGAGCGAUCUACCUCCCUUCCUAGCCAAGCUCCGCGGCCAACACCAACAGCAGCGCGAUUCCGACUCCCCGGACCCUAUCUUAGCUGCGCGACGACGAGCAGCACGGCCGCGGUCCGCCAGCGAGGAGGCCGAGGACGCGCCUCUCGUCGUCGACGAGGCGGGGAACACCAUCGCUCUCCCGUCCGGCGCGGACGCAGACGCGGACGUUUCUGCAGAUGACGACGUAGACGGUAGGAAUAAUGCCGGAAUAGACAGCGAGGAAGAGAAAGAGAAAGAGAAAGAGAAAGAGAGGGAAAAGGAGAAAAUAGCUGGCAUCGGGGCAGGCAAAAAGCGCAAGGUGGGACGGGUGGUUGGCGGUGCCGACGAGGACGGGGUUGAGGACGAUGGGCAAAAACCAUCAAGAAGCAUUAAAGGCCGAGAGAAGGAAGAAAGCUCUUCGGCAAAGAACAGCAAUAAACCCGCCGCUGACGCUAAAUCGGGAACGAAGCAGACCAAGAAGAAGGCGAAGAAGAUCAAGCUCAGCUUUAACGACGACGGAGACUGAAAGGCGCUGAUGAUUCUGAAGCUACGAAAUGGCCUAUAUAUUUAUCAUACCAUGCCAGGCUCGGAUAUAUGCUACCAGGAUUUGACGAGACCGUAUAUCGGCGUCCGUGAUAUCCAGUAUGGCCUGCCUGGUUUUUAGGCUCUGGAGCCAUCACUCUUGACGAUGAGCAACUGAACAACCGACAUAUAUAACGAACCCGGUCCCAUCGCCAACAGGUGGUAGAGUGGCGUUAUAUACUCCGAGACGAUGGUUGGGUCCAAAAGAAGAGACGACAAUUUUACAUCCUCUAGGGAAGGUGGAUAAGUCGAUACGGGAUCUAGUUCUAGACAAAGCCAGAGUCUCACGAGAACACCUCAAGAUUAUGCCAAGGCGUUCUAAGGUAUUAUGUAUGGUUCUUUGGGUCUGGUCAGGAGUCUCAAUACCAACCCUUCGGCCAAAGCAGACCUUGAUAAAUAGUCAACGAAGGCUUCACUACAUAAAACACGACAGCGCCUGACGCCUACAUGCCCAAACCGAAGUGUUUACAGACAAUCAAUAGGUACCUGUGCAAACGCCGCAAGGGCAUCUGUUCAUUCAAAUUCCAU